AGCCAAACCCUAUAACCUCAAAAAUAUUUGAUAAACAACAAAUAUAUGAUUUAUAUAAGUAACAAAACAUUUAAAAAUGAGUGGAAAGUUUGUGUUACGGUCUAUUUACUGUAGAUUUUCGCGAAAAACUUUGAAACAAAAUGUUGUAUCAUCGCACAGAUUUUAUAUUGGGCUGUUGAAUCAACAGUGCCGAAAUUUUUCUGCAAAAGUUAAUACAAAUUUAGAAGAGAAAAAGCAUUGCAAUGUGGGAACUAUAGGGCACGUAGAUCAUGGUAAGACGACACUAACUGCAGCCAUAACCAAGGUUCUGGCGAACGAUGGACUGGCUCAAUUCGUUUCUUAUGACGAAAUAGAUCGGGCACCAGAGGAAAAAGCUAGAGGUAUCACAAUAAAUGCAGCACAUGUAGGCUACAGCUCAAAACUCCGACACUAUGCACACACAGACUGCCCUGGGCACGCCGACUACAUACGCAACAUGAUAUCAGGAGCUUCCCAGAUGGAUGCAGCUAUAUUGGUUGUGGCAGCCAAUGAUGGACCAAUGCCACAAACAAAAGAACAUUUGUUGUUAGCCAAACAAGUUGGAAUUAAGCAUAUAUUAGUCUAUAUAAAUAAAGCUGAUUUGGUUGACAAUGAGUUACUAGAACUAGUCGAAAUUGAAAUGCGAGAGCUGCUUGGUAACUUUGGGUAUGACGGUGAAACUGUACCUAUGGUCUGUGGGUCAGCACUCAAGGCGUUAAAUGGAGAAGAAUCUGAAUUUGGGUCACCAUCAAUAAGAAAAUUGCUCGAAGUCAUGGACACAUACAUACCACAAAUUGUGAGGGAUUUGCACUCCCCCUUUCUCCUGCCUAUAGACAACUCGUUCACCGUGCCAGGCAGAGGCACUGUUGUUGUUGGCACUAUAAAGAGAGGGAUUAUGAAAAAAAAUGCUGAGGCGGAUCUGCUAGGUUUUGGUCAUAAAAUAGGGACAACAAUAUCUGAUAUUCAGAUUUUUAGAAAGAGUGUUAGUGAGGGUAUGGCUGGUGACAACGUAGGGGUUUUGUUGAGAGGUAUAAAAAUAAAAUCAGUAGAGACUGGCAUGCUCUUGUGUGCGGCCAAAAGUGAGCAGCUGAGCAACCACUAUAAAGCGAAGAUUUACUUCCUGACGGCUAACGAAGGCGGAAGGAAGAAGCCGGUAUUCUCCAAAUAUUCGCAGCAGAUGUUCAGUGGGACGUGGAAUAUUGCGUGCAGAGUUGAUUUAGAUCCCGAGGUCCACAUGAUGAUGCCAGGCGACCACGGCGAGGUAUACCUGACGUUGCUGGAAACCAUGGUGAUGACGCCGGGGCAGCCGUUCACCGUGCGCGAGAACAACGUCACGGUGGCCACGGGGAUCAUCACCGAGACGCUGCCCAGCGUUGACGUGCCCAAGGGCAAGCUCGGAAAGGUCGUCGUCAAUUACAGUUGAGUUGGCUAAGCGGGCUUCCCUAACUACUUCAUACGAGUAGACGGUACGCGCGUUUUUCGCCCGAUCGAAAUCGCCGCAAAGUAUCAUUCACUUUGUAGGUACGCAUUGCGUAGCACAGUGAAAGCGUUGAGGGCAGUGUUGGCCGAACGUUAAUUGCAAUUGACCAUUUACCAUUACAAAUUGAACCGCAAACGGUAACGGACAAUUAAAGUUAACGGUUCAACUUAUACGGUUAUAACGGUUUAACUUGACUUAUUGCAUUAACGUUUCGGCCAACACUGGUUGAGGGUAUUUUAAUGGUACCAACAUAUAAUUUGUAUAUGUGUUACAUAUCCUUCAAUGUGCGCGGCCCGUGGCUGAAAAAUAAAACAAAAUAGUUGUACACACUCUACUACAGAUUUCUUAUGGAACGAAAUUGAAGAUUGAUAUCAUUGAUACCCCAUUUAUUAACCUUUUCGACGCCAUGUCAAACACAAACGCUGUCUCUCGGACGCCACGUCACCGAAGUGUCGAAACUGAAAUUGAAGUUUAUGCAUAUGCACGUAGGUCUGUGUUGCUCUGUGGUCUGUGACGGAUUAAUCGGUCUUUGGCGUUGGACCUACGGUGGGGAUCCCUAUGUUUCCCAUAAACUUAUUGUUUCGAAUUUCGAUAGUCAGAAAUUGAUAUCCAUAUAAUUCAUGGACAUAAACAUCAAGUCAUAAUUUUUGUUAAGUAUAACGUUUCAUAGUUCUAAUGUUAAACAUCUAUAAUAUUAAACGCUAUAAUCACAAAAGUUAUAAAAUUGUUGAGUAUAACAUUCAAAGGUAUAAUAAUAAUUAUUCAGAUAUAUUUUAAGGCAUAUAUUUUAUCGGACUAAUGGUCGUUAAUCAUAUCGUUUUAAUGUCAUCUCUUUGUUUCCCAUAAUCUUACUGUUUCGAACUUCGAUAGUCAGAAAAUGAUAUCCUCUUAUAUUCUAAUAUUUAGGAGCUAUAAUAUUAAACAUUAUGACUUUCAAUAAUUAUGUCAAACAAAGGGCCAUUUUUAAUGACAUCCUUCAUUAAAGAAAAAUGAAAUCUGUUUGCUCAGGUAGGUUCGUUAGUUACCUUGUGUCCCUCAGAGCGGAAAUAGGAGCCCCGCGAAGCGGGGCUCCGACGACUCAUUGGCGGGACGAAAUGGCUUAAUAAGCUACAUGAAAAAUAAGAAAUGGCGGGAAAUCAGUAAACCAAACAAUAAAAAAUCUGUUUCCUCAGGUAGGUUCGUUAGUUACCUUGUGUCCCUCAGAGCGGAAAUAGGAGCCUCGCGAAGCGGGGUCCGUCGACUCGUUGGUGGGACGAAAUGGCUUAAUAAACUACAUGAAAAAUAAGAAAUGGAAGGGAAAUCAGUAAGCCAAGGUAGACAAGCAUGCAAUUUGUAUUGUUUAAUUUUAUAACUAUUGACAAUAUGACUAAUAAAAAUUAUGAUGGAAAACGUUAUGGUCUAAAAAUACGGAACUUAAAAUUUAGGGAAUGCAAUAGAGCCCCUACUUAUUAUUAUAACCUGCGAUAAAAGACCUUACAACGAUUAUUGUAAGCAAGUUUAUUGUCUUCAACAUUAUGUAAUGGUAUACCUUCUGGACUUUAAAUAUUAUGAGUAACAAAUUUUAUGACUAACAAUAAUAAUGACCUGCAAAAAUCGGAACUGCAAUUUAUAUUGUUAAAAUUUAUGACUAUUGACAAUAUGAUUAAUAAAAAUUAUGAUUAAAACCGUUAUGGACUGAAUAAAUCGGAACAAAAAAAUUAUGGGAACCAAUAGAGACCCCCUACGGUGCGGCCGGAUGGGGUCCCUUUGUUUCCCAUAAAGUUUUAAGUCAUAAUGUAUUGUUUGUCAUAUUAUCGUUAGUCAUAAAACUGAAACCGUUAACUUUUCAGGAUUUUCGUAAGGUAUAGAUGGGUUAGGUUAGGUUAGGUUUGUUUUAUGGCAAUCCUGAAAAGUUACGCGUUUCUAAGAAAAACCAAUUAUGACUAACGAAAAUUCGGACAAACAAUACAUUAUGUCUUAAAACUAUUUGGGAAACAAUAGAGACCCAUGACCGAUUUGCUGUACAGGAUAAAAACUUUUCGAAUGCCGUUUUUUUGCAAGCAUAAACAUUAUAGGUACUAUACUUAACGGUUGGAGUCUGUUACAUUUACAAUGUGUUAUGAGAUGUUAAUAGUUAAUGCUUCUGGGCAUUUUCCGCACUUCAACUACCAUUGUGCAUAAAUAU